UAAGAGUAUGGGGACUUGGCUUCAGGGUCUCAGGGAGUAUUUAAUGCCUUCUUGGUAAUAUUUCACAAGUAACUUAUUUUACUAAGCUUUGAAAGUUAUUUGUGAAAUGUGUGUUAUAAGAUUUACAAGUAAUCAAGUUGAUGCUUCAUUGUAUAGUCUUUAUGUUACAAAAUGGCAAUUCUUAUUUCCUUUGUGUUAUGUGAACUGAGAACCUGGAAGCCAGGGAAUGUGGAUGUUAAUGAAUAGAUAGCAAGGAUGGAAGUGACCUGAAACUCACCUGUCCAGCAGUACUCAUCAUCUUGCUUUUGUGUUUGAAUCCCUCUGUCUCCUCACUCUCCCUUCCUAGGAGGAUUGAGUUGAAGGGAACAAUGGUCAGAACUUGGAAGGAAGGUCCGGGUUGAGAAGUUUCUCUGUUAGAGAAGGCUAUAAGUACCACAAUUUUUACAGUUUUUUACAUGUUUCUCUUCUUUCAGAAAGAAUGGUGGAAUGGAGAAACGUAACCAGUCCAGUGUCUCUGAAUUCCUCCUCUUGGGUCUUUCUGAGAAACCAGAGGAGCAACCUCUCCUAUUUGGCAUCUUCCUGGGGAUGUACCUGGUCACUGUGUUAGGGAACCUUAUCAUCAUCUUGGCCAUCAACUUUGACUCACACCUCCACACCCCCAUGUACUUUUUCCUGGCCAAUCUCUCUUUUGCUGAUGCUUGCUAUUCUUCCACCACAGUCCCUAAGAUGUUGGUGAACAUCCAGACACAGAGUCAGACCAUACCAUAUGGAGGCUGUUUAGCUCAGAUGCAUUUUUUCAUGAUGUUUGGGGCACUGGAUGACUUCCUCUUGGGGGUGUUGGCCUAUGACCGCUAUGUGGCCAUCUGCAAGCCUCUUCACUACGCCACACUCAUGAAUCCUUUUAUGUGCAUGCUCCUUCUCACAGUAUGCUGGAUUCUCACCAACCUUGCUGCCCUCUUACACACCCUGCUCAUGGCAAAGCUUUCUUUCUGUGUAGGCAACACCAUUCAUCACUUCUUCUGUGACGUGGUCCCUCUGCUACAGCUCUCCUGCUCAGACACAAGCACCAACCAGGCAGCCCUGUUCACUGUGGGCUCCAUCAUACUCACUGGUCCUCUCUCCCUGAUCAUUUUGUCAUAUAUAAACAUCAUCUCCAGCAUCCUCAGGGUCCCAUCUGCCUCUGGCAGGCAAAAGGCCUUCUCCACGUGUGGAUCCCAUCUCACUGUUGUCUUCUUGUUCUAUGGUGCAGCAAUUGGUGUCUAUCUGUGGCCCCCUUCCUCACAAUCAGAGGGUAAAGACAGGGUUGCAGCUAUAUUUUACACAGUGGUGACCCCCAUGCUGAACCCCUUCAUUUACAGCUUCAGAAACAAGGAUAUGAAGACAGCACUGAGAAAGCUUUUGGCUUGAAUGCACUUUUCUCCCAGAGACUCUAACCUUAUGUCCAUAUUUGGAAAUUAUUCCACAGAAGGCCCACAUGCUCAGGAAACAAUAUCCCUCUCUCCCACCCCCAUGCUUAGCUAUUAGGGAAUAAUUCCUCCCAAAACAGCCCCUUAUCCUCAAAUUGGAAUCUGCAUCUGCUUAAUGUAACUCUGUAAUAACUUCAUGGAGGACUUGUAUUGCAUAUAAUUUUUGCACUUAUUUCUCUGCUGUCUUUAGGGAGAUCUCAACCUUUCUAGGGCAAGAUCAGUAAAAAAUUAUUUGUAGAUGUUCUGAUAAACGUGAAUGAUUUUUAAAGAUACCAUUUAGUGAGCAUUUACUUAUCGUUACCCUUUGCCAGUCACUGUGUCAGGCGUGGGAGAUACUGAGAUAAGGAAGCCUCUGUUCUUUAGGAGCUCUCUUUCUAUUGCAGCGUGUAGUUGUGCACAUACACAAGUAACCAUAAAAUAGAUGUGGCAGUGAUGGUUUUACCAUAUAAAUUAAUAUUCAUUUCAUUCCAUGUAUUUAGCUGGUUAUGUGUAUUAUCUAAUUUGGUCCCCCCUCCCUGGCAAACCUUUUGAGUUGGGAACUAUGGUUAUCACAUUUUUGAGAUGAAAACACUCUGACUAGUAAAUCCUUGCUACUCUAUCCUUCUUUUCAAUGCUGGUGUUUGUACCAAAA